UGUUAGAAUAGAUCUCUGAGCUCAGAGAGAAAAAAGAGAGAGAGGAGUGAGGACACAGAGAGAGAGAUAAAGAGGAAGAGGAGAAAGAGCAGACAGCACAGAGAGGGAAGAAGGAAAGAGAGGAAGAGAAAGAGAGGUGAGAGAGAGGAGAGAGAGAGAGGAGAGAAAGAGGAGAUAGAGAGAGAGAGAGGAGACCGAGACAGAAGGAGAGUUAGUUGCUGUUCAGUGUGAAGUGGAGCUGAGAGAUCAUCACUGCUGCUCCUCAAACCCUCACUGAGGUCAGUAUGAGUGUCUCUGUGGCGACACUGACGCUGACCCUGCUGCUGUCCGGAGCUCCACCCCUCUCGGCCUUGCAGCCGGAGAAUGAGGUCCCCCUGCGGCCCACUGCCUGGCUGACUGACCGCACACACACACCUGUCUACCUGAACACCGGACGCACUCGCAGGCUCUAUUUCACUGUGCGGAAGAAGACACUUUCUCUGGAGCUGACCGUUAGUCCCUGUUCAGGAGCCGUGGAGUGGAGUCUGACCGCACGCUCGCUGAAGGACAAACCAGCCAAAUACACUAAAUGGAGCACCAAGAAGAGUUUUCCAGAGGUGUGGUGGAGAGGAUCUGGGACGGAGGCGCUGAUCCACAGCUACUCAGGCAGCGCAGUGGACACCUAUGAGGGUCCUGCAUAUGGUCUGGCAUCCAUCUACAUCCUGCGGCUCAAAUCCACAGAGCAGGAUACCCAAGUGGACGUUUAUCUUCAUGAAGGUCCUGGACCCUCAGGGGCUUUCCCUGAGCUGCCAGCUGACUCCCGGGUCCACACGCUAGGGGUCGGGAUGACCAGCGUCACUCUGAGCUGGACACCGAGCUUGUCCGUCACCAAGACAUCAAAACACAGCAAGAAACACAACUACGAGUACUGCGUAACGGUAAACCGCAAACACAACUUCAGAAACCUGUGCACCGCCCGUGAGGAGUCGAGGAAGGAGAGAGAGCGAGGGAGGAAACGAGGGAGGAAAGACAAACAUGGAAGAGAUACAGCACUACUGAAGACCUGGUGGAGCCAGCAGAGGGAAAUGUUUGAAGAUAACGGCUCCUCUGCUGUGAUCCAGGUGGACUUUGCGGAUCCAGACUGUGUCUGCAGGGAGGUGGAGAGUGUGUGCACUGUCUCUGACCUCCUGCCGGACACCCAGUACUACUUCGACGUGUUUGUGAUUGACCGGGUGAAUAGAACGAGCGCCAUGUAUGCUGGAACAUUCGUGCACACUCACACUGAAGCCCGUGGGGUUGUAACCCCUCUGAGGGAUAGUCAGGUGCAAUGGGUCACUCUGAGCUUAGGGUCGGAAGGUCAGCGGCGCUUCAGCUUCAGGCCUCGCGGUGGGCAGCAGAACGGCCUGCUGACCCUGCACAGCUGCAAUUCCACAAAGGCUAAAGUGACAGUGUCCAGCAGGGGGCGCCUGCUCUCCUCGCAGGAAGUGGGGGACCAGCUGGCCCAAAUCUGGCUCCAAGGGGGUCCCUCAUACCUCAUUCAGCUGCAGACACUGGACGCUACAACAUCCAAACCGGACCCAGAAAGGUCGAAGGUGUGUGUGAAAAUGCAGGCGUCAUCAGCGUUCCACCGCCGGGGGGUGCCGGUGCUGCCGGUCACUCUGCAGUUGAAGUCCUUCAAUAAACUGCGCAGCUGCAGCUCAGUCACUCUGGCCUGGAUGGGCACGGAGGAGCGCAGCCUGUACUGUUUAUACCAGAGACAGAUCUCCGACAAACUGGACGUCACUGACCGCUGCCUGGGGCCGGAGUCGCGUCCAGCAUCAGAGCGGAUCCUCUGUAAAUACUUCCAGGAACUGGACCCACGGCGAGCGGUCACUACAACGGUUAUUGAGGGGCUAAAUCCGGGCAGCAUGUAUAUGUUUGAUGUCUAUCUGAUGAGACGCUGGGGACUGCCCAUUAAAUACCACAGCAAAACAGUGAGGACCCGGAGAGAGUGCUGAGGACACAAGACCUGCAGAAACACUCAAUGGACAGAGCAGACUGACCGAUUCAAUUGUACAGAAGCCACAAAGAGGCUGUUCUGCACAGGAAUGAGCUGUGAAAAGAAAACCUGGCAAAAGAAAUUAAAUGAACUACAACCGUGGAAAAGUUCUUAAAGGGCCCGUAACACAAAAACACUGUUAAAGUUUCAAAAUGUACUGUUCACUCCCAGAGCAUGCAGUCCAUAUGGACCCCACCCCUUCAGCCUACAGCAGUUUAGCCCCGCCCCUUCAGCCUACAGCAGUUUAGCCCCGUCCAU